UAUAGCAGCUACGGAGACGCCACAUCACACGGCGUGUCUUCUUAUCCAACAAAAAAGAGUUUUUAUUUCUGCUUUUCCCAAAAAUAAAGAAGGAAGAACAGAACCAAGAGAGAAUAUUAUUUGCUCUUCUUCUGUGUAUUGUUUUACAGGUUCCCAGAUUUUCAGACAGUUGAACCACAUGAAUCAAAUUGACUCGGAUGUCUCUAAUGGUGCAGGUAAAGGAAAAGAGCCGAGGGUAAUAUCUCCGGGAGGAUCCAAGACCGAAGAGAGGCAAAGUCAGAGUGUUACUAAUCAGAUUGACAUGUGUCAAGAUGGUAAAGAGCAACCUCAUGGAGAAGUGAACAUGGAAGCUUCCAUAUCAGCAGAAGAUGUGAUAAGAGCUGGAGGGUUUGGUGCUAAAGACGACAUUGGAAGCUUCCUUCCCGUGGCAAGUGAUUCGACUGACUUUGAGGAAUCACUCCGCUCUGCACGUGACUACGAAGAAGCUCAACCGGAAGUUCAAAGACCUGGUCUUGGCUGGCCUAAAGAGUAAAAUAUUUGCCUCAUAGGCUUCUGGUUUAGUUCUUGUUCGGUUGAUUGUUAUGUGUGAUGAUGGCAAAGUUGGACUGUUUCAAAGUAUAGAACUCACUGGUCGUUGCUCUGCUUUUGCCAAAACGUUUUCAAGGAUCUUUUUACAUUGUUGUUCUGAUUAGGGUCAAAUACACUUUUGUCGUAAAUAAAAAUCUCGGCCACAAAUUAUAUGUUACAAAUUGGACGAACUGUGGAAACCACUUUAUUUAUAUAUGAAGUGGUCAAUAUUGUUUAUAAUAAUUAUAGAUCAUAAUGUGACAAUAACAUUGAGACCAUUAUCUGCUGAUGAGUGGGAAGAACUAAACACCAAUGAACGAGAGAAAGAAAAUGGAAUCAUAUUCAAUAAGUGGCUCAAGUUGAGAACACUUCACAAAUUGCUUCUUUAGGUCAUAUGUCAAUCCAAAUGUCUCGUGUUUCCAACUUCUGUGAACAAAACCUUGCAUUUCUUUAUAUAUAUGAAUUUAAUGCUUUUAUAAAAAAAUAUUAAAAUAUUAUUUGAUCCAUUUCAAAGUGGCUAAUCAUAGCCUAGCACUCAGCUACUUGGAUAUUAUUUGAUGGCCAUCGUAUUGGUAGCUACUGUAUACUAUUAAUUUUUUCUGUCGCAUUCGAUUUGCUAAUUUGGAAGCUGGUAACGUGUUCAAGUUGGUGAAAGUGGAAGACUUAAAAAAAUUAAAUUUUUACUUAUCAGUUAUCAUAGAUAGAUAAUCUCAAUAAAACUGAUCAAAGAAAUCAAACAACCGAUUUGACCACCCAUUUAAAAGCAUAAAGAUUCGUUAAGAUGAAUGACAAAAAACACACUAAGCUAUUAGUGUAUUGGUUAACUUCAAAAUGAUAUAAAAUAUUGGGAUUAUACAGACACAAAAAUAAAAAACAAUAAGAGUACUUUUCAAGAAAGUAACCAAUUCUAAUAUUCUAAGAUUGAACUUUCUAAUUACUCAAUAAGAUAAUAGAUUCAUGAAUAUUUCUGGAAAAUAUAUAUCUUUGACGCAUGCAUGCACUAUUUAUCAUGCGUCAUCUGUGACGUGUUAUCCAGGAACUUGUAGUAAUUUCUUCAAAGUUUAUCUACAAUCUUUUUGAAAACGUUAAAAUAACUCUCAAAAGGCUUUUAGAAUAUGAAUUUUAGAACAACGAUGACUUGAAUGUUGCUUACAAAUUUUUCACGUGUGAUUAGCAGCAUUGACGCGUAAAUAUUUUCGUUCAUGAUACUUUUAGAAAAGCUGUAUUGUUAAUGAAUCAAGAAAGACAAAGGAACCUAAUUUUCCGUUAAAUAAUAUUUUGAUGUUAAAAAAAGAAUAAAAUAACAUCCCAACUUGUCUCUUGAGGUCACCAAUAUCGAAUAUUAUACCCCUAUUUAUAUCUACACAUCAUAGACUUUCACUCUCUUAUCACAAAACAGAGAAGCUAAUGCUUUCUAUAUGAGGAAAGAGAGAAACAAAGGAACAGUCUUCAUUGUUAUGUUCUUAGCUCUAAUGGUGGACGACAUCUUUCACACGAUUCGCCCAAGUACAAUUUCCUCAAGCUACCCUGAAGUAUACCAGAGAAAUUAUUUGGAGGAAUAUUCAGGAGACUCUCUGUUUCUCUCCAAAGGUUCGAGAAGAUGACAAACAACGAAGGCAUAGGAGUAUAAAUUUCCUAAUUUAUCCCGAUCAUCACCCUCCAAGCGUUUUGUGUAAUAUACUAGAACUGAAAACCAUAAACAUGUUGUAGAUUCUGAACUCCCAUCAUUAAAACAUCCAGAAAAUUUUAGUA